AUGAAUGACCUUGACUUUGGGGAUGCCUUGAACGUUGAACUUCAGAAGCUUCAGAGACAAAGGGCAGUAAGGUCGUCGUCCUUGGAGGAUCGUCGUUCGUCGUACUCCCAGCGCACGACCUCCACCAUAACAUCGUUAGACACAGGAAAGUCCUCGUCAGUUCUUGCGCUGUCCGAUCAGAAGACAUUGAAAAUACCACUUACUCUGUCACACUGGGAUUCUGUUGAUCAAACAUGCAAAUUAGAUGGCCCCCUAAGUCUACACGAGUCCACCAUCAUGAUGAAUGCAGACACUGGGCAGUCUCCUCAGAAGUCUGGAAGUCAGUCCAUGGAGGACCCUUCCCAGAAUCCAACAGAACAAAUGAAUGGACAGAUCAACUAUGAUGAGAUAUGUAAUAUUAAGAAUCUCAAGGAUGAAGAAAUGCUACAGAGAGUUCCAGAACUUGUGCAAGCUCUCCGGGGAUUAGAUGAGUAUGACCGCGCAGAAACAAUGAAGAUUUUGAAAAGUAUCGGAGACACAUACUGGAAUUUCCGAGCCAUUAGGAACAAAAUCGGCAAUGCUUUAGCUGAGGAGGGGUUCGCAGAGAUUACCAUGAAGAUUUUGAAGACAUUGAAUGGAAAGGGUAUAUUUAAGAAUGACUCUAUAUGGUUUCCUGUGUACUACUGUUUUAAUACUCUGUGGAACUACUCAGAUGCCUCUCUUAAACUUGCCAAGUCCAUAGCAGACAAUGAUGGUGUGAGAUUUUUUACCAUUAACUGUGAUCAUGAACCCUAUAUUAAAAACCUUCAUUCCAAGAAUGUGUAUUAUGUUGUGAAAGCUUCCAUGAGUAUAUUACACAACAUCUCCAGAACCACAGAUAUUCAUCAUUACUUCAAAGAAAAUGGCACCACUGAGGUGAUGCUGAAGUUUGCCACCUGGAAGGAUUUGACCUAUGAGAUGUUAAAGGUCAUGUCCCUUCUGACCUUGGCUCAUAUCGUAGAAGAGGAGGAUAAUGAUAAACUGAUUGAUGAAACAGGUGCCAUAGAAAGUUGUAUUAAAUACAUCACCAAGGCCUUAAAGAAUACAAAGAGAAGACAUUUAGGCUUUACCCCUCAGGAGGUUAUGGACGGGCUGAGUAAACUGGCCGUUAACGACAAAAAUAAGAAAAAGAUUAUUGAAGCAGGAGCAUUACCGGUUUUCCUUGAAAUGUUGAAAGGAGAACACACUGAGGAACAAGCCAUUACAGCGAGGGCGAUAUGGAAUUUAUCAUUCGACAAGGAGGUGUGUCAACAAAUCGUAGAGUACCCAGAAAUGAUAGAGAGGCUGGAGAGCCUGACGAAUAGUCAGGACAAAAUUGUCGCAAAAAACGUCAGCGGAGCACUGUUUGUACUCAAAGGAGAGAAUGAUGUAUCAAAACGUCCAAAGUCUGCCAAGAAAAAUAAAGGCCAUGUGUUCAUCAGUUACUCCUGGAAUGAGAAAGAAAUUGUGAUGAAGAUCCGGGAGAGGUUAAAAAAAGAAGGAGUGGAGGUUUGGAUUGAUGUGGAAAGGAUGGGUGGAUCCACUUUGUCUGCUAUGGCUGAAGCAGUGGAGAAUGCAGCACUGGUGUUAAUCUGUAUGUCAGAGAAAUAUAAAGAAAGCCCUAAUUGUAGACUGGAGGCAGAGUACACCUUCCAGCUCCGUAAAGAGUACAUUCCCCUGAUGGUCCAGAAGAGAUAUCGCCCUGACGGCUGGCUCGGAAUGAUUCUCGGAGCCAAGCUGUAUUUCGACUUCAGCGGAAAAUAUCCAUUUGAAAAGCCAUGGAAUGGACUGAUGAAGGAACUUAAGAGCAUUGGGAGGCUGUCGGUUCUGGAAAAUCCCUCAACAGAUAAGACAGAUGCCCCAGUUUCGUCUUCCUCUUCAUUACAAGGCAGUCAGCCAAUCAGACAAAGCUCUACGGCGUCCAAGGUUUAUCAGAUGAACACGGAGGAUGUCUCCAAUUGGCUCUGUUCUCUCAAACUAGAUGGUUGUGUACCCUCCUUUGCACAAUUUGAUGGUAAACUUCUGGCACAGCUAAAGUCCAUGAAAAGCGAGGCAGCAGAAUUCUAUUAUCAUUGUCUGGAGAAAAACAUGAAUAUGAACCUAGUAGAGAUACUAACAUUUACAGAGGGGCUUGAAAAAUUGUGAAAUAAAAUCAAAGUACUGCAUGUACUGUAAUGAUCAAAGUGGCUUGGAAAAAUCAAAGUACUGUAAUGAUCUGAUGCAGUGUGGAGAAAUAAUCAGAGUACUGUCAUGAUCUGAAGCAGAUGUUCCAAUCAGUGUACGCUCCCAAAAAUACCUCAUAUGAAAGUACUUAAUAUCAGUAUUCUAUGGAAGGUUUAUUCAUCUGUCUAAAAUCAUUCUUAUAUUUGUGAGUGUGAAACUUUGCACAAGCAGUGAAAAAAGUGGCCAGGCAUAUUGGCCAAUUCUUUCUAAUUGCAAGAAAUAUGGUCUUCUGUCACACAAACCCUCAUUAUAUGAGUCGAAAGUUAAUUUUGGGGGAAAAAAUUAGCUAGCAGUUUAAUAUUAAUGAAGAUCUGAAUUUCAAAAUAUUACUUUGAUAUUUAAUAACAAAUAUGUAC